AUGAAACUAUUUUCCCAAACGAAAUCUCCGACACACACCGACGAUUUUGCGAUUCCUCCAGUGAAUUUUCGACCUUUUUUUAGUUUGGAACUUCUCCGACUUCCCUCCACCACCAACUCGUCCAUUUCUGUCGACAUUGCUUCGAUUUCCGACGAUUCCGGCAUCAGUUUCCGGCCAGUAGCUUCGACUCCGGCCACGGUAUGGCCUUCUUUCUCUUUCUCUCACGAUUCUAACCUUGAUUCCCUUACUGAUUUCUUGAGUAUUUCAUGUUUAAGCACCACAACAGCUACCACUAUUUUGUCGAACUUUUUUCCGGCUACCACCACCACCAUUGUUUUGUUCUCCGGCCACAGUGUAAACAAAGAAUGCUGGAAGAAGCAAUUAGUUAAGAAUCGUGGAGGGACGCACAACUACGGUAGUGCUUCUUUCAAAAAUAAUGCUUUAGUUGCUAAGGUUACUUUACAAACUCAACACAUAGCCGACUCCGGUGGUAAUCUGAACUUCAUUGAUUGGAUAACGUUAUUUGAGAAUGUGUUAGGUGGUCGAAGGGGACAUGUCAGAGGCAUCACCUUCCAUAGCGGGUACAAGUGCUCCCUCCCGGUGGUAGUCACAGUCACAGUCACAAAUGCCGCAACCAACACAGGUACUUAUUAA